AUGUUCACUCGGACGGCACCGCAACAUGAAGCUGGCAUCAAGAGGGCGACACAACACCUCGCAAGUCUUGGCAAAUCAUCGCUGUGGGAAGAGGUGCUGCAAGAAUUGCGAGAGGUAGUUGCAGAAGGUUUGGAGCCGAAUGUUGUCACAUAUGGUGUGGCAGUUUCGUCUUGCACAAGGGUUUCUGCCUGGCCAUUGGCUCUGCAAGUCGCCAAUGUGAUCUUCAGCAAAGGCAUUGAGCCAAGUGUGGUGAGUGGUUCCGCCAUUGUGACCGCCUGCGAAAAAGGCAACAGUUGGCAAGAUGCGGUACAAGCAGUCAAUGCUUUGCGACGAGGUAGCCUUGAACCGAAUGCCUACGGUUUUGGAGCAGCGGCAUCCGCCUGUGAGAAGUCCGCUGGGAACUGGUCAGCUGCUUUGGGCUUGAUGGUCGACAUGCAGAGGCGUGGCAUUUUGCCCAGCUUGAUCUUCUUCAAUGCCAUGAGCUCUGCAUGUGAGAAGGCAUGCGCCAACGAGGGCUGCAGUGGUCCAUGGCAGCUGGGCAUCUGGCUUCUGCGCCAUUUGGCGCGUCUGGAGAUCCUGCCCGACGCGAUCUCACACAAUGCCGCGAUCAGCGCUUGUGAGAAGGCCGAUGCGUGGGAGCAGGCCCUUCAAGUCUUCGUGGCUCUGAGGAGGUUCGCAGCACCCACCACCACGAGCUGCAAUGCUGUCAUCAGCGCUUGCUCGCGUGGCUUCCGCUGGGAUUUGGCCCUGUCUAUCUUCGACAUGCAGAAGGAGUAUUCGCUGAAACCAGACCUGAUCACGUUUAGCUCCCUGAUCAGUGCAUUUGAGAAGGGACUUCAGUGGCAGAGAGCUCUCGGCGUGCUGUGCGUCCUUGGUUGGCCUUACCAGCCCCACCGCUCAACGAGUGAGGAGGUCCGGCCAGACCUCAUCCUGUGCAACUCAGCCAUCAGUGCUUGCGAGAAGGGACUUCAGUGGCAGCAAGCGCUCUGGAUCCUGGACGGUCUGCAGAAGUACGGCCCCUCACCAGAUGCAGUCAGCUACGCUGCAGCGAUCAGUGCCUGUGCGGAGGGGCUGCAAUGGCGAUGGGCAGUAGGACUCUAUGCCGAAGGUGAGCGGCGAGGACUUGGCCUGACGUUGCCAGCGGCAAGUGCAGCGGUCUCUGCAGCGGGACGCGCUCGAUCUUGGAAGGUGGCCAUCCACUUCACGCACCACGUUCAAGGCCUCGACGCUGGAACAGUCACCAUGGCAGCCGAUGCCUGCGCAGCAGCUGGGCAAUCGUCUGGGCUUUGCCCCGGGCCCUUGCCAGCGGCCUUGGAGGAUGCUCGCUGGCUCUUUCUGCAGCAGCUUCGGAGCUUCGGCGCUGUGCGGGGUGCGCGGGAAGUCCUGAGGACAAAAGCGGACAAAUAG